UCCAGCUCGCCGGAGACGACUCCAACAGGCAGCCCCGCUAGCUGACCGAUCGGCGUUAACCGCCGGCCAUGGAGAUGCCGCCGCCGCCUCCUCCUUUUGGUAGCCCCGCCGCCGCCGGUGGAGGCAAGCCUGACAGGAAGACGGUGGAGCGCAACCGCCGGAAUCAGAUGAACGCCCUCUACUCCCGCCUCGACUUGCUCGUCCGCAGCGGCAGCUCGCCGUCGUCUGCACCCCCAGAGGUGCAGCGCGGGGCGCCGGUGAUGACUCGGCCGGACAGGCUGGAGGAGGCGGCGGCGUACAUCAGGCAGACGACGGAGAGGGUGGAGAGGCUCAAGGAGAGGAAGCGGGAGCUGACGGCGGCGAGGGCCUCGUCGUCCCAGCAGGGCUCCGGCUCCUCGUCUGCGGCUGGGCCAGCGGCGGUGGAGGUGGAGGUGCAGCACCUGGGGUCCGGCCUGCACGCCAUCCUCGUGACCGGCGGCCGGCCGAGCGACGGGGCGUCGUUCCACCGCGCGGUGCGCGCCGUGGAGGAGGCCGGCGGCGAGGUCCAGAACGCGCACUUCUCUGUCGUCGGCGCUAGGGCCAUCUACACCAUCCACACGCUGGUCGCGGAGGGAGGCAUUGAGAGGGUGGAGCAAAGAUUGAAGGCAGCACUGCGUGGAGGUGCAUGAUCUCUUAUACAGCAAAUAACUUCAUCUUAACAUGGGUCCAUGAACACGCCUGGGAAACUAUCAACUAGUACUAAUUAGGGCAGUUCAAGUAAACUUUGUGUCUAACUGCCAGUCAACGCGCUGUGUCUUGGGGCUACGCAUGUAUCUGCCGCAUGCUCUCUGCUGCUUGGGUGCGGUGUGCUAGCAGAUAAAAUAAUACUGCAAACCGGGCCUUUUGAUCGAUCCUUGACUUUGACGAGGUGAACAAUUGCUUUCACUUGCGAAUUACCGGUUGGUGUAUACAUAGAUCACGCUAAGAACGUGUAACAUGCGGCAGUGAAAAUCGCCCAAAAAUUUACAGCUUUUUAACUAUUUGUGUAUGCUGUGUAAUGAGAUGAUGGUGGUCUGAUCAUAUAUACUUAAUAUAUACGUCGUAAUUUCAAUUAAUAAUGGAAAAUAUAUAUAGCAUGACGAGUCUUUCUGAAUUAAUAUUACACGCAGAUGCUUAUAUGUUUCCUGUGACUUGUAAAUAUUAUCUUGUUUUCACUACCAGGAAACAGUUUUUUUUAAGGAUCCAGGACACAGUAAUUGAUUGGAAGAUGCAAACGCAUUACAAGAUAGUUAGGUCCAAUUGCAGACCGAAAUAAGUUGGCCACCACGUGAUUGUUAACUGGUUGCCCUUGAAUUUAAACAAAGUUUCCGGUGACAUUUGAACUGAUUUUAACUGCCUGCCCAUCUUCUCUGUUCAUCUACUUCAUGACCGUCAUUGAACUAUAAUGGCUUGUUUAGAGUCAAAGCUCAAAUAGCGUCAUGCCAUUCAUUAACUAUUUUUUUUGCUGAAGUUAGAUUUUGAUAAGCUUAAGUUAGUAUUACCCUGAUUUGUGACUCUUGUUGGAUUUCAACUCUAACCUACUUGGGACCGAAAGACUAUGCUGUUGUCAGAUUAUUUUAUGAAAGGCUAUGCCAGUCCACCGGCAGCAAUCUUUGCAAGGUAUCCAUGAGCCGAGGAGGUUUGUACUGUCGUUGGUGAUGCCAUGCUUGAGGACCAGCAACGCGUCCCUCUCAUGCUGGAUGCAUCUCGCGCUAACAUUAUUUUCACUAGCAAAGUGUGGGCUGCUUCCAUGCGUGCGCGAUGAGGAAGAAGCUGCAGGUGGUGGCGGCGAUGAGCAACCGGAACCUAGCAGCUGAGCGAUGCAUUGGUGGUGUCGUCGCCCAAGGAUUCAUCGUGACUUGUGAGCAUGAUGGUAGGUUGCUCCCUUAACAUGGAACGGUGUAGUGGCACCAAGAUAUUCUGGUAUGCUUGAUGUCUAGUGCUGUCCAUGUCAUCUACAGCAUAACGCUAUACGUGUGGAAGCCGUUGGUCAAACAGUCAUCAGUUGCCCACCGCCCCAGCUGAUACGUUGGAGGACUUGAAUUCCACGUCAGCUCCAUACAAA